AUGACGACAAGUGGCCGCUAUGAGACUUUGGAAGCAGACCACACGGACCUAGGCCUUCGGGCCGAAGAGGCCCUAGCAGGACACCAGGCAUUGACUGCUGAGCAUCAGCGUGUGGUUGACCAGGCCAAACAUUUGCAGCAACGCCACAGCACUGAAGAUGAGGGGCUCCGACAAUCGCAUCAGCUUUUGUCGGCCGAGAUCAUUCAAGUGAAGGCUGAGCGCGACAUGCUGCAGAAGCAGGUGAAGCAACAGGAGGCAUACACCGAAUCCAGGCAGGCGAACUUGAUGGCCGAUGCGGAUCGAUUGCGUGAUGAGACUUUGGCCCGCGCGGAGGAGUGGAAAAGCAUGGUGGCUGAACUGUCGGGAUUGCGCAACAGUCGAACUGCGUUGGAGACCAGAUGCAACAGCCUGAUGGACAAGGCACAGGAGGCAGAGGAGGAGUGUCAGAAGCACAAGGGGAUUGCUGAAAGCAGCAGAGCUGAGUCCGAAGCGUUGAAGUCAGAGCUGCAGCAGCUGCAAAAAAGUGCCCUGGACGCUGCCAGCAAGCAGCAAGUGACGGCAGAGGAGGUCCCGCGCCGUGGUCAUUCGGUCGCCUGGGAAACAAAGGGCCAGAUCAAGCCCUUCCUUGACCUUCGCUACGGACCUGAGUUGGCAGGUGGCACCUCGAAAGGAAUUUUCCUGGCUGCAUCAGAUUUGCCGGUGCCUGGCGCGUUACGAGAUGCUGUGAUACUUCGAAUCUUUGGUUCCCCCGAUCCUCGACAGAUUGACGGCCUGGGUGGAGCCGAUACGCUCACCAGCAAGCUGGCCAUCAUUGGGCCGCCCUCCGUGCCCUCCGCUGAUGUGGAUUACACCUUUGGCCAAGUGUCCUUCGUCGAAGCCAAGGUGGACUAUGGUGGAAAUUGUGGGAAUAUCUCGUCAGCCGUGGGACCCUAUGCGAUCGACAAAGGCUUUGUUCCGGUUGAUGCCAGUGAGACGCAGCGAGUGGUCCGCGUCCACAACACCAACACUGGCGCCCUCUUGCAGUGCACUGUGCAGCUGUCAGAGGGUAGGGCAGCGGUAGAUGGAGAAGUCGAAAUUGCUGGAGUGCCGGGCACGGCAGCGCCGGUGGACUUGGACUUCUCGGCCACUCGAGGUAGCGUCACAGGGAAGCUGCUUCCAUCAGGACAGCUGAAGGAACGUCUACAAGUCCCUGGUGAUGGCCCUGAAAGCAUGGCGGAGGAGGUGGACGUCACACUGUUGGAUGCAGGCCAACCCAUGGUCUUCAUGCGCGCCACGGAUCUCUUUAAACUUCAGCCGGAGGUGGCUGGUGCUGGGCCCAAAGCACAGGCGGAGGCAUUGAAGAACGAUGCCGCGCUACUUCGCAGGGUGGAACGCAUCCGCGGUGUGGCAGCCGUCCGCAUGGGCAUCGUUGAGCACUGGCACUUGGCGGAGAAGGAGUCGCCCUACACGCCCUUCGUGGCGGCGAUUUCGCCGCCGGCAUCGGAGGAUGCGGACUUCUCCUCUCUUUGCGUCUUCAUGCAGAAGAUCCACCAGGCAUAUCCCGUGACGGGCUCGGUGGCCACGGCGGCCGCAGCACUACUGGAGGACAGCAUUUUCCCGGAGGCAGGCCUCAAGCCUUUUCCGCGCAGCGAUGAUGGCUGCAAAGCUCUGGUCCGCAUCGGCCAUCCCAGUGGAGUUAUGGACGUGGACGCGGCCGUGCGAUUGGAGCCACCCGAGCUCUUGCGUGCGGCCAUGGUGCGCACCGCCCGGUGCUUGAUGGAUGGACAGGAGGCGGCGGAGGCUGUGGCGGCCAUUGCGGAGAAGAACGCCCGGCGCACCGAGCCCAUUGGCACGGAGGACUUGAAGCCGCUGGCGCCGGAGCUGGGCUUCGAGGCCGCCAGGGAGGCGACGGGCAAAAUCUAUGAGACCUUGGAGAAGUUGAAGGCGGCCAAGCAGAACAACGGCGAGACUGGAAGCUUCGAAGUAUGCAGUUUGAGCCUGCAGAAGCAGCUGCUAAGCCUCAGGCGGGCCCAUCGUGCCAUGAUCAAGUUCUCAGAGAACGGGAGGAUGGCCGAAGUCGCCGCCCGGAAGCAGACCGAAAGCGAAUUUCAGAACUUCCAAACCAGGAAGUAUGAGAGCUCAGUCUGCCGUGCAGCCGCUGGGAGAUGUCGAUACCUGGAAACACCGCAGCUGGAAGCGCUGCGACCUUUGAUCACGGGAUUUCAGGAGAAGGAACAGGACUCCACAGCAGAAGCAGAGAGGGCCACAGCCUUGACUGCGAUGAUCCAGCAGGAACUCCAAAAGCGGAUCUCUUUAGAGGAAGAGCUGAAGGCGCUUGAAGAAAAGAAGCAGUCGGAGCAGCAGAAACUGACGGCGCGAGUCAGUCUUGGAAAGCAGCUCACAGCUAAGAUCAGCUCCCUGAAGCGUGCGCUGGAUCCUCUGUGCAGCCUUCUUCGAGGAGAUGAUGCUACGAAGCCAGAGGUGCCGGAGAAAGGAACGGCGCCUGGAGCUGAGUCGUUGGAACCUGCAGCGAAGCGCGCGCGGCAGGACGGAGUGAGCGGCAAACGGCCGAUUCGCAAUUCGCAAGCAGAAAAAGAUGGGGAUGAAGAUCUAACAAGGGCGGCUGAGCGUUUGCGACGGGAAGCUUCGGAGAUAGAGGCUUCGAGGCUUGCCUUGCAACGGGAGGUGGAAGAGUACCGACGCCAGGGAGAGACCUGGCAAAUGGAACAGGGAGUGCUCGAGGCGGAUGCCUCGAGACUCUUCGCUGCCAAUGAGGCGCUGAUGAAGGAGAACGAAGAGUUGCUCGCGAGGGUGCAGGCGCUUGCGCCCAAAGCCUCCAGCGAAGAGGCCUACAUGGCCCGCAUCAGCGAAGCAGAGCAAUGGGUCUUGUACCAUGCAGGAAUGCCCUUGGAAGGCAAUUCCAUGCCAUAUCUUUCGGGUGUCGUCAUCUCCUUCCAGGACUUCUUCACCCCCCUGGCGCCACUGGUCCUGGCCAGUUCCCCAGCGCAACUUCGGUCGGCGGCCGCUGCGAUACAGAGUGGCGAACUGGCUCGGGUGAGUCUGCAAUGUUUCAGGCUCUGCGAUUCUGAGCGCCGAGGCUCUCUGAGUUGGGAGGCUGAAGAGGUCAGCGAUUUGGUGGAUGCGGUGUUCCAACGGCGAGGCUUACCAGCGCCCACCAAGGCCGCUGGAUCAGAUGGGAUCAGAUAG